AUGUCAAAGUUCGCUUCUACCUCUUCGCCAUCGUUGGCUGCGGCAGCCAGCCGGGCGAGCCGGGCCAGACUGGCAGCAAGCUCGACACGGCCAGCUGCUCCUACGCCGCUGCUACACCAACGCACCACGAUGCGCUCCCCGCGCUCGUCUCACGCGGCAGCAUCGAGCGCCUCCUCGCGCCCAGUGCUGCAAUUAUCCAACACACUCUUCCAGCAAUCAGCUACUCCCAACCGCACGUUUGCCUCAGCCGCCUCGGACACGCUCGACUCGGACAUUGUCAUCGUCGGCGCUGGCGUCGUAGGCCUUGGUCUCGCCUGCGACCUCGUUGCCUCGGGCGCCGUCGGCGACCCAGCCGCACACGCGGCUGCACCCAUCACCAUCAUCGAGGCCUCCGACCUCGCGCGCCUGCGCAGCUGGACCGCCGACCGCGCCGCCUAUCUCGCCUCGCACCCGUCCACCUCCUCCUCCUCUGACACACUCGACUGGGAGAACCGCGUGAUCUCGCUCACCGCCGACAACCUCGCUUGGCUGCGCCGCAUCGGCGUAUAUCCCUACCUCGUCGAGCACCGUCUGCGGCCCGUCUCGGCCAUGCGUGUCUGGGACGGUCUCUCGGGCGCUCUGCUCGACUUUGACUCGGCCGACCUCGAGCCCGGCGCCGCAUCCCAGAUCAGCGCAAUGGUCGAGAUCAGUAACCUCCAACAGGCCAUGUUGCGCUUCCUCGAGCAAGGGCCGGGUAAAGAUGCUGUCAGCGUCCAGGACGGCGUCAAGGUCGACGCGAUUCUGCCGGGGUCCAAGGGGGAGGCGGGCAGUGCGGUGGGGGACAAGGACCCGUGGCCCGUGGUGGGGCUGUCGAGCGGGGAGAGUGUCCGGGCCAGGCUGUUGGUGGGUGCCGACGGGCCCAACUCGCCCGUGCGCAGGUACGCCGGCAUCGGCGUCUACGGCUGGGCGUACGACCGCAAGGGCCUUGUGGGCACACUGCGCUGCCACGGCGCCGAGGCUGGAGAGCCUCCCGUGGGCUAUACGGCAUAUCAGAGGUUCCUUCCUAGCGGAACGAUCGCAUUCCUGCCGCUGUCCGACUCGACCGCAUCCAUGGUGUGGACACUCGAACCGCAGGUGGCUGCGGCACUCACCAUGCUCCACCGCGACACGGCCGGGUCGUCACACGAACCGCUGGCGCGGCUGGUGGAUGCAGCAUUCCGUCUGCCGUGGGCGCACAUCGAGCGGCUGUUCGAGCGUGUCGUGGCGUACACCACCCACCCACUGCCCGAGGGCAUCAGCAGGGACUGGAGCUGGUUGUCCGCCGAGAUCCCGGACGAAGCACAGUGGGUCGAGCGCGCGCUUGGCGAGCCACUCGUCGAAAGCUCCACCGGCGACGUACCGCCCAAGAUCGCCUCGCUCGAUGCCAAGAGCGUCGCGAGCUUCCCGCUCAACCUCAAGCACGCCGAUGCGUACCUCGGCGCCUCGCUCAAUGGCGCAUCUUUGCUGCCCUCGGGUCUGCUCGCCGGCGCGAUGGCUGCUGUCGGACUUGCACCCCAGGGCGCUGGCCAAGGGGCGGGGCGCGGCCGAACGGUGCUGGUGGGUGACGCGGCGCAUACGAUCCACCCGCUGGCGGGACAGGGGCUCAACCUGGGUAUCGCCGAUGUCCGAUCGCUCUCCGCCACCCUGCGCAGCGCGAUGCAGUCGGGUCAGGAUGUGGGAUCGUACAAUGCGCUCAAGCCGUAUGCGAGGGAGCGGUACUGGGAGAACCAGAAGAUGCUCUCGGCUGUAGACCAUCUGCACUGGCUGUAUGCCGGUGUGCCCGUGCCGCUUGCGCAGCAGGCCGAUGGCGGUAGACGCCAGCGCAGCGUCGACGGGCUCGUCAAGAGCGCUGCCAAGGAGGUGGUCGGCCGCGGCGUCGUGUGGGCGAGAUCCACGGGCCUCGAGGUGAUCAAUGAGCUCGGAUUCGUGAAGAAUGCAUUUAUGCGACAGGCCGGAUCGACUAGGCAGACACGAAGCCUGCACUCGUCGCACCGUCCACGAGCCGUUGCCAGGCAGGCGGUGCAGGUCCGCAUGCAUUCUUCGAGUACCACCGGUCCGUUGGCGUCGGACGCGUAUACCGGGGUAUCGAACGGCGAUGCAGCCACGACCUCUACGCCGUCACUUGCGUCGCUGACGCCAUCGCAGCGGCGCGCGCUGCAGGAUAUGCUGCGCGUCGACCACUCGGGCGAGAUCGCGGCGAAUACGAUCUACCAAGGCCAGGCGGACAUGUUUGGGGCGCUGGGCGACCGAGCGAACCGCGAUAUGGCGGUGGAAAUGUGGCAGACGGAGAAAAAGCACCUCGACGUCAUGCGCGCCUUGCUACGACAGCACAAUGUGCGCCCGUCCUUACUACUUCCUCUGUGGAGCGUUGCGGGGCGGGUGCUGGGUGGUGCAACCGCGCUGCUGGGGCCUCGUAGUGCCAUGGCAUGCACCGAGGCUGUCGAAAGCGUGAUCGGCGAGCAUUACGACGAUCAACUCAAGGAGCUCGCGACGAUCCUCGAGCAGGAGGAAAAGGCGCAUCCAUCGCUGCCGUUGCUGUCGGACAUCAUCAGGGAGUUCAGGGACGACGAGUUGGAGCAUCUCGAUACUGCCGUGGAGCACGAGUCGCAGCAGGCCGCGGGUCAUGCGUUGUUGUCGGCUGUCAUUGCCGCCGGCUGCCGAGGCGCGAUUUGGGUUGCCUCGCUUCGUACUCGAGCAUAUAAGUAUCCACCCUUCACUGUGCUGGUGGAUCGUCUCGGCAUCCACACGAUGCACGCCGCCAAGUAUACGCUGAUCUCGGCGCUUGUAGCUGCCACGACUGCUUCCCACCUCCCGCACCGGGUGGAGCAGGGACUGGCAGUGCCUCAGAUCUGGCGUUCUCCUCUGUUCAAAUCGAGCUCCCCCUCGCACGCCUCCUCCUCGGUCAAGGAUGGAUGGACGUUGUCGCAGAGUUUCCAGCUGCACGAGCCAGCGCCGAUGCUCACGUCCUCCGCGCACAGCUGCAGCGUCACGCUCGUCUCGCGAUCGUUCGCCAACAGCUACAACUCUCCCUCUGCGCUCGCCUUUGACCCGCGCACCGCCUUCUCUGGUACAGCGUGUGCGGAUCCAGACGAAUGGACGGGCCUCACGCUCGAUGUGCACGGCGAGACGCGCGGCCGCCAGUUCGACCGGCUCGGCACCGUGUGGGUGGGCAACAACGCCACCGGCCAGGGCGUCGAGGUGUUGCGGCUCGACAAUCCCGAACCCACCAAACAGGGCGUGUAUUGGGACACCAAAAAGGACGUCGGCAAGUACUGGUCGCUCUGGAGCAGGUCUGCCGACGUAGUGUUCGAUCUGCCCAACAUUGUCGAUUCCACCUACACGGGCGCGCUCAACGUCACGCUCAAGCUCACCGCCUCGGUGCAAGGAUCGCUCAGCCGAGCAGGCCGAAAGCGCGCACACGCCGGUCGCAUCCGUGCUCUGCCGCUCAAACAGCGCGCAGCGGACCUGGUCAUCCCGCUGUCGAAGCGCCUCGCCACAGCCAACUCGAUCUUUACACUCGGCGGAUCCGCCGGCAAUGGAACCACAUCCGUCAAGAUCCCGCACAACGCCGCCCGAGCGCUGGUCGAAGUCUACGCUAGCGGCACAGCGGCCGAGGAGUUCUGGUACACUGGCAUCCCUGACCGCUUUUUUGAUCAGAUCCCCGACGCAGCUGCCAACGGAUACUAUGGCCACGGGCCGUACCGCGAGGUGCAGCUGUACAUCGACGGCGUCUUUGCGGGAUUCGUCACGCCGUAUCCCGUCAUCUUUACGGGCGGCGUCAAUCCGUUGCUCUGGCGACCCGCGGCCAACUUUGGCACGUUCGACCAGCCGACGUACACGAUCGACGUCACGCCCUUCAUCGGAACGCUCACCGACGAUCAGCCGCACAGCUUCGCGCUUGCUGUGGUGGGCAGCGAGCAAGGCGGUGCGAUUAACGAUGCAGCGUGGUUCGUCUCGGGCAAUGUACAGGUGUACCUCGACAGCUCCGACGAGCGCACCACGGGCAAGCUGGUCCGGACCACGCAAGGGGCCGAGGUGGUCAGCGGCACCGUCGGAGGAAGCGUCAAGGGCGAUCCGCUGACGAAUGGCAGUUUGGCCUACAGCGUCGGGCUCCAGGUGCCGAGGAGGUUCGCCGUGGCGGGGAGUGUCAAGACCGGCUCUGGGUUGGAGCAUGUGGCCGCAUGGUCGCAGCAUGCCCAGUACGAAAACCGCGGCUUCGUCAAUGCGACUACACAGACCAACGACCAGAAGAGUUUCGGCUGGACGCGGUCGCUCGUCAUCGACGCCCAGCACAUGGACAAGGUGAUGGAGACGCUCGAUUUCGACGCCAUCCAAUCACUCGCUGCGCAAGACGCAAAGAACGGGGUGAGCGCGGUGCAGACGGACUACAACUAUCCGCUCUACGUCACCUCGUCGCUGUCCGACACCUCGUACGACGCGCGCAUCAUGGAGCAGUUCGACCGCACCGUUCGUCGCACCGGCCGCAGCACUGCGCAGGACCUCACGCGGAUGGUGGGCGACGAAACCACGUUGGUCCAUGCAGACAACGUGGCGGCUCUACCGCACGCACUGCUGUCCAAGCGCAACGCAGACGCCGACUCGGUGCUCAUCAACGGCGCCAUUGCCAAUGGAACCGGCACGGCAAGGCAGACGUUCAUGUACCGCGAUAUGGCAGGUGGCACAGUCGACCGGGUCACUAGGACCAACACCACCAACGUGCUCCAGGACAGCCUCGCUGGCAGCAUCAGCGCCAGAGCCCAGCCCGGCCAGUUGACCGUAGCCUAG